AUGGGUGGUCAGCUGUUUGACUCGGCAAAAACCUGGCAAGUCUUGGCGAUGAGGCCUAAUGGACGUCUUCAACGCAGUCAACAAAUGGCUACUUGGGGUACGGGGUUCAUCCUCGGGGAGGCCAUCGGAGAUGGACUCGAAAUGGAGGGUGGGGAAAUGAGUCAAGAGGGCUUGGCGGUUGGCCAAGCGCUGGUGGUUGUGGUGAGUGUUGACAUAGGUGACAUGAAGGCCUGCAUGGCAGAGAAGCUCGGCUAA